CCCAGUACAAGACCCAAACCAUUUCUUCGGCUUAAGUAGAAGUUUGGAGUUCAAAUACCAUCAACAUAGAGGAGAGAGAACAAAACUGGGAGGGAGAAAAUAACAAAAAGAAGAAGGUUAAUAGGAAAAAAAAAAAAAGGCGAAAAAAACUCUUCCUCACCCUUUUAUCCUCUCGGUUCUCCCACGAUGAGGUUAGUGGCAAGCGGAGUAAGGGACCAAAGUGAGCACUGGGUCGUCUCGGAUAUGGCGAUGGUGGGGCCCCUCGAAGAGGCGCCGGAGGGCUGCCUCUCCGCCGACGACCUUCUUCUCCUCGACUUGCCCUGCGACCCCGGGCUCGACGCUCCCCUGCACCGCCGGAACCCUAACCCCAUGGCCCCGUCCGCCGCCGGAGGGCUCCAGGAUCAGUCCCUCCUUGGUAUCCUCGACUCCGCGGACAUCCCCGCCGUCGAUGGCUUUCCGGGCCUGGCGGCGGAGGAGGGAGGAGGAGGAGGUCAAGAGGAGGAAGAGCUGGAGUGGCUGUUAAACAAGGACGCGUUUCCGGCGCUGGAGACGUCUUUUGAAAUCCCCCCCACCUACUCGCGGAGCAGCGGCAGCGGCGGGACCGGGAGCAGCGGCAGCGCCGCUUCCAGGGCGCCUCCGGCGAGAACGAGCCCAGUGUUGGUCCUGGCCGGGGCGGUGACGUUUAGGGUGCCGGUGCGGCCGAGGAGCAAGGGGCGGCGGCGGAGGGUCCUGGCCGGGCUGUCGCCGGCGCCGGUACCGAGGGAGGCGAAGGAGAGGCGGCGGUGUCGGCACUGCGAAACGGAGGAUACGCCUCAGUGGAGGGCGGGGCCGGAGGGGCCGAAGACGCUGUGCAACGCAUGCGGGGUGCGGUACAAGUCCGGGCGGCUGGUGCCGGAGUAUCGGCCGGCCGCCAGCCCAACCUUCUCCGCCGCCAUCCACUCCAACUCCCACCGCCAAGUCAUGGAGAUGCGCCGCCGAAACCUCGCCCGCGGUCGGAGAAGUGGCAGGCUGCCGCCUGUGGCGCUCGUUGCUCGGCCGGCGUUGUAACCCAACCUCAAAACCCUUGGGAAAUGGUUUCUUUUUUAAUCCAUAUUUUCUUAUUUUCGGAAA